AUGGCGGAGAUCAUCGGAAUCGUCUCUGGAGCUAUCACUUUUGGAACCGUCAUUGCGCAAUUUGCAAAUUCUAUCACAGGGCUCAAAAACUGUUUAGACCAAGUGCGUGAUGCACCCGAGGACUUGAAAUGUCUAUUGCGAACUAUCGAGAUAGCCGGUAUGAUUUUGAAUGACAUUAAGGAAGAUUUAGCAGAUGGGACAACUAUUUCUGCACUGCGAAAGAGCAAGCACACCCUAGAAAGUGUUGAAUUCUGCCUGGAGGCUACUGAAAUACUCGGUACAAUGGCUAAAGAUCUUGCACGAGACGUACAGCCAUCUAGCCACCUACGCAGGCCCUAUGCAGCCAUGAAAGUGGUUCUUCACCGUGGCAAAGUCGAAAAAUACACAAAAGCUCUGCAGAAUGCUCUACAAUUACUCCAGGUAUCUCAGCAGUGUUAUACAAGGCAGGUUUAUGUAAUCGAUUCAGGACAACUGGCACAUGUCUGA